ACUCUGCGUAGUGGGGGGAUAUUACCUGGAGCUGACCUGUAGUAACACAGGUACCUACAGAAAGGUAGAAUUACAUUGUGAUUCAUUGCUAGUGCGGAGUGUUUGUUCCGCGGACUCUUCCACGUUAUUUCAGCCUCAUGAGUGUCAAAAAACCGAUGAUGCGAUUACACCAAUUUUGGCUACUUCUUGUCGUCGUUUCGGCCGUAAGCUCUGUAACUACAACUCCUAGGAGUAACGUUAACUGCAUCGAUGGUUGUGAAUGCAAGGAGCAGAAUGCAAUCACGAGAAAAGCAAUCGAAGUGUUUAAUUGCAAAAAUCAGUUUGUGCUAACCAAAAACACUCUUCAAAAUAUCCCCAAAGAUCGCACUUUUAUCAAAUUUAAAAAUAUUGACGUCCAACACAUUAGUAAUGAUGCUUUUGAAGAUUUCAAACAAUUAGAAGAAGUAGACAUUGAAAAUUCUAAUGUCGGCACAAUUGAUACUGCAGCAUUUGAUUGGAAACAUCUGGGUACUAUCAGUUUCAAAAAAAUCCAAUUUGGCAAUACAAUAAAUUUGAAAGCUGAAGCUUUAGAAGAAUUCAUCUGUGAAGAUUGUCAGCUGUCUGAAGUACCAAACUUAGAUAAUGUACCAUCACUGACUUUUAUUAAUUUCGCGAAUAAUCUUAUCAAAAAUAUUCCGGAAUCAGCUUUCUCGAAGUUGAAAAAAUUAGAAGAAGUUAAUCUAUCAAACAAUAGCAUUUCAGAAUUACCUAUGAAUCUUUUCAGUAAAAACGAAAUUGAUACUUUAAAAUUGGACUACAAUCCUUUGAAAAGUUUCAGGUUCCAUUCCGAUAAUGUUUUGGAAAGUCUGAGUCUUGCUCAUUGCAAUUUGACAAUUUUUGAUGAAAAUGCCACUAAAAAUUUGACAGUCUUGACUCUUCUCGAUUUGAGUGGUAACCACCUUGUUGUUUUGCCAAUUGAUACUUUCAAUCCAAUGAAAUCUCUCGAAACAAUCGAUUUAUCGGACAACCACUUGGUCGAAUUGGACGAUAACAUCUUUUCAGAAAACAUUCUGCUCAAUAACAUCAAUCUCAGUAACAAUAAACUUAAAAAAUUACCGAAUUUCCAGUCGAAAUCAAUUGUUUUUGAGACUAAUAUAUUCUCGUGCAAUAACUGCGGUUUAAAAUCGGCUCGUGGGCUUGAAAACAUGAAACGACUUACAACAAUUGAUUUAUCCAACAAUGAAAUCAAUGAAAUCGACGGUGCUUUUACCGAAAUGUCCAAUCUUCAAAAACUUUUCCUAUCAAAUAACCAAAUUGCUUCAAUCGGGCUUAAAUCAUUCGGUCAAAACUCUAAAUUGGAAACACUCGACUUGUCUAAUAACCCUCUCUUGCCAUUGGACCCAGUUAUGUUUGCUGCACUUCCAUCGUUGAAAAUUUUGAAUAUCAGUAGUUGUGCUCUUGAGAAUGUCUGGAGCAAUUACAACGCCGAACUUCCAGAACUGACCCAACUCUACCUGGGCCACAAUAAACUAUCUGUGAUAAGACUUAAGGACAUUGAGGUCAUGCCAAAACUGAAAGUGAUUGAUUUGCAAGAAAAUCCAUUGACGUGUACGGUUGACCUCGAAGAAGUUGUUAAAUACUUUAUCAAGAAGUCCGUUUAUCCGGCGGAAGUUGGCGGUAUCCAGUUUAAAACACACGAAGAAUUGACAUUUGCCGAAAACACGAAGCUUGUUCUUCAACCUAUGUGGCCGAAAAUCAUCCCUAAUUGCGACUUUGACUUAGAGGAGGAAAAGGACGAUCCUGAAACCUUGGACGAAGUUCCUGACGAUGACGACGAAUUUUACGAUGACUACGAGGAAAACGACGAUAAUGAGGAGAUCCCCGUCGAGAAGGUCAUCGAAGUCCCCUCGCCCUUCAACCUAGCACGGGCAACUUACAUCCUUUCCAUCACAUCGGUCUUUAUUUUGACCGCUGUUUUAGUAUCCGUUGUGGCGGUUGUUCUCACUCUCUUGGUUUUGAAGAGGAACAAAUCGUUCAAUAUGCAUACUGGUAAUCUUCCCCGACCGAAGAUACCCUUGUGGCAUGUAACUCCAGGGCAAAAGAAACACAGUGGCUCCGUGUAUAGGCCACUUUCUGAAGACCUUACCGGAUCGCGAACUCCCAUCAUUAAUCGAUACGAGUUCAAACCCCAAGUUCAUAAUUCCCUACCUUAAUUUUAAUUACUUAACUGUGUUUUAUCAUAAGUAACGUUAGUUGACUUGUUUAUAAUUUUGUUUUAUUUUAUUGUUUUCAAUGAUAAUACGUAGUACAGUAUAUCUAUGCCAUCACCUUAUUAAUUAUACUGAGACACAUGUAAAAAAAUUUGAUAAUAAAUUAUUUAACUGGG